CAAUAGGGCCCUGAAAAAGCGAAGCGGAGCCGGAGGACGCAGCAGGAUCAUGUCUGACGUGGAAAGGAUCGCGGACUGAGUUAUAAACUUCAGGGCGAUACAAGUCUUAAGGGUAGAAAAGGGACAUAAAGUCUUCGUCUGUCCGCUAGUGACGUCUUUGACAGCAGAAUGAGUCUGGACAAAGCUAAACUGUGUGACUCACUGCUAACCUGGUUGCAGACGUUUCAGGUCCCAUCAUGCAGCAGUAAAUCUGACCUGACAAGCGGAGUGGCCAUCGCACAUGUGCUGCACAGAAUAGACCCCUCUUGGUUUAAUGAGACGUGGUUAGGCCGGAUCAAGGAGGAGAGCGGGGCCAACUGGCGCCUGAAGGUCAGCAACUUGAAAAAGAUUCUUAAAAGCAUGAUGGAAUAUUAUCAAGAUGUGCUCAGCCACCAGGUAUCUGAUGAGCAUUUGCCCGACGUGAGCUUAAUAGGAGAAAUGGAAGACGUCACUGAGAUGGGGAAGCUGGUGCAGCUUGUGUUGGGUUGUGCUGUCAGCUGUGAGAAGAAGCAAGAGCAAAUCCAGCAGAUUAUGACACUUGAGGAGUCUGUGCAGCACGUGGUGAUGACAGCCAUCCAAGAGCUCUUAGCAAAGGAGCCUUCAUCAGAACCAGGGAGCCCAGAGAUGUACGGAGACUUUGACUUCCAGUCCAGGAAGUAUUAUUUCCUGAGCGAGGAACCAGAAGAGAAGGAGAAUCUGAGCCAGCGCUGCAGAGAUCUUCAACAUCAGCUGUCGCUGAGUUUGGAGGAGAAGGCGUCCAUGCAGGCAGAGAUCUGCUCCCUGAAGGAGAGGCUGAGCUGCUGCGACUCCCUGGACGCCUCCGCCUCCGCCAUCACUGGCAAGAAGCUGCUGCUGCUGCAAAGCCAGAUGGAGCAGCUUCAGGAGGAGAAUUACAGGCUGGAGAGCAGCAGAGAUGACAUUCGAGUGCGAGCAGAGAGGCUGGAGCGGGAAGCGGCCGACCUGCAGCAGCGCAACGACGAGCUGACCAGCCUGGCUGAGGAGGCCCAAGCCCUCAAAGAUGAGAUGGACAUUCUCAGGCAUUCAUCCGACCGGGUAAACCAGCUGGAAGCCACGGUGGAGACGUACAAGAGGAAGCUGGAAGAUCUGGGUGACCUACGCAGGCAGGUGCGCCUCCUUGAGGAGCGCAACACCGUGUACAUGCAGCGCACCUGCGAGCUGGAGGAGGAGCUCCGCAGGGCGAACGCCGUCCGUGGGCAGCUGGACACCUACAAGAGACAGGCUCACGAGCUUCACACCAAGCACUCAGCGGAGGCCAUGAAAGCUGAGAAGUGGCAGUUUGAGUACCAAAACCUUCACGACAAGUAUAAUGCUCUUCUGAAGGAGAAAGAGCGCCUGAUCUCUGAGAGGGACACGCUUCGGGAGACCAAUGAGGAGCUCAGGUGUGCCCAGGUGCAGCAGAGGUUUCUGAGUGCAGCAGGAGGAGACCUGAGUGACGGCGUGGGGAACCUGGCUGCAGAGAUCCUCCCCGCCGAGCUCAGGGAGACUGUGGUCCGUCUUCAAAGUGAAAACAAGAUGUUGUGCGUUCAAGAGGAGAACUACAGACAGAAACUUGUGGAAGUCCAGGCCCAGCUGGAGGGGGCUCAGCGGAGCAGGAACACCCUGGAGACCCAGGACAGGCUGAACCAGCAGCAGAUCUCAGAUCUCCGCUGUCAGGUGGAGGAGCUGCAGAGAGCUCUGCAUGAGCAGGACAGCAAGAACGAAGAUGCCAUCUCCUCUUUACUAAAGAAGAAGCUGGAGGAGCAUCUGGAGAAGCUCCACGAAGCCCACUCAGACCUCCAAAAGAAAAAAGAAGUCAUCGAUGACCUGGAGCCCAAAGCCGACGGCAGCAUGGCGAAGAAGAUCGAUGAACUCCAGGAGAUCCUGCGGAAGAAGGAUGAGGACAUGAAGCAGAUGGAGGAGAGAUACAAACGCUACAUGGAGAAAGCCAGAACAGUGAUUAAAACUCUGGAUCCCAAGCAGCAGCCGGUGACUCCUGACAUCCAGGCUCUGAAAAAUCAGCUGACGGAGAAGGAGAGGAAGAUCCAGCAUCUCGAGCAUGACCACGAGAAGUCCAGGACGAGGCACGAACAGGAGGAGAAGCUCAUCAUCUCCGCUUGGUACAACAUGGGCAUGGCUUUGCAUCAGAAAGUCACAGGCGAGCGCCAGGGUCCCUCCAACCAGGCCAUGUCCUUCCUCGCCCAGCAGAGGCAGUACACCAACGCCCGGAAAGGCCUGACCCGACUCCAGCCAAGAGGAAACUUCAGCUAGGACGCGUCUUCCAAGGUGGAAGGAUGAGAGCUCCCUGCCUCUAUGCCUUCUCUGAACAGAUGCACCUCACAAGUUAGAUUUUCUCAUGCUGCCCCCUGCUGGUGAAUUUGUGUCGUCUCAGUGGAGGAUCAGGGCUGGAAAAGGUGGAACUAUGAAGGUGAUUUUUAUUUCCUAUGUAGCCUUUUUUCUCCUCUGUCCUUAAGUCUGCUGUUUGUUGUUGCUUGUUUUUUAUGUUUUAAUUUUUUUAAAGUGACACUGUGGAAAAGUGAGGCCUUUUUCCAGCUUUUGCUAUUCUGAUGGUACAUCACUGCACUACUGACUCUUGUUGUUGUCUAAUUUUGCUUUUUUUGUUUUGAAAAAUGUCAAACUGUAUGAAGAUCGUGAUUCACUUGAACAUUAGACACUAAACCCAGCGAUUCUUAUUAGACUUUUUCUAGACACACCAAAGCACUUUGUUGAUGAAAGCUGUGUUUCCUCAGUGCCUCACAAAUGGACUCUAUUGUGCACUAAGCUGUUUUUAAAUUAUGAUUGACUGUGGAAUAUCCCUACUGUUUCAUCAUUUGUCUUUCUGGUCUUCAUCUGUAUUUUUGUGUCUCCCCAUCAAAGUUUGAACAGGGUUUUCUGACUGUGGGUGAAACGUUUUCUCCACUUCAGGCAGCUGGAAGACAUGAAUGCUUGUCUUUAAAAAGGUGACAAAUGUCCUUCACAGACUGUAAAGUGUUUGCUGCUAAAGUUUAAAGGAAAUGUCAAAACUGGAUUAUUAUUAUUUUUUUUUUUUUGCUGACAGAAAGUAAGGCAAAAAUUGAUCAAACACUUUUUUGUUUUAGUUUUUAUCUUCCUCUUUUGGUGUAUCCCAUAUCAGAACUGUACAUCCCUGAAACUGUGCUGUAACCUGCGCAGACCAGAAUCCUGCUGUAUUUUAUGAGCACGGUUUUCUACUGAGCUUUAAUUCUUAUUUAUGGUGAUGAGUUGUAAUGACUGGCGUCUGCAUGGUGUGAAGGUUUUCACGUUAGGAGAUGAAGAUGGUCGAGUAGAUGAUGGCACGCUGCUGUUAAACGCAGGGAUGGGGCACGAGCUAGUUCUGAUUUUCAACAACAAAUAAAUGGGAUCUUAACCUAAAA